AUAGAUGGCGAGCUUCCAGGCUCACUCCCAGGUCCUUCCUCGUCACUAGUAUCACUUAGUCACUCGGAUGGCAGCAAAACAGUGAAGAUAAAAACCACAGCGGUUAAUACUCAUCUACUGGGGAAAAUUUUCUCAUUUUUCCCUAAGAGUAUUUUUUUAAUAUCUGACUCUGGAAAUGUUCGAACAGCCGAUUCUCAGGGGAAGUUUGGCUUAUCUUGGCGGGAUGAUGAAAAUCAUUGGACUUGCCAUGGCGACACUAUUACGCCUCCCCCUCCUACCCAUCAGCUAGCAACUGAGUCUGAUAGCAGCAAUGAGCUGCAAUAUUGCUAUCAGGGUCGUGGACGUGGUAAAUCUAAAGCCAGUUCCAAGUGGAUACCUCAUGUGUCAGCAUCAAAGGCAAAGCCACCUGGUGUGUAUAACGAGACUGAGUUCAUGAAAACUAUUGGGAUCUAUAGAUACAAAGAUGGUGUAUAUGAGAAGGUGGGUAAUUUUCCUGUUCGAUUGAAUGAAGAAAGAGCCAAUAUAGCUCAUGUGAAACAAGUUGUUAGCCAAGAGUCUUUCAAAGGUGAAGAGGUUGUCAUUGUGGAUGUUGAUUUUCUUAAAAUUCCUGAUACAUCUUCCACUCGAGGAUCCUUGUUCUGGAAGAAUCCCAACAAGAAGAUAAGUGCAAUUCUUGAGGAAGAUUACUCUCGUACCCGUAGUACAUUUCCAAAAAAUGUAGCUGGAAGUAAAAGAUUUCACCCAGAUGAAAAACAGAGUUUGAUUUUUGAAGAACGUUUGAGGAAAGUUGAAAAAUCAUUAGAUGUCUCUCAACAAAAAGACAAAGUUCUGUUGCUUGACAGUGAAGUAGCCUCAUUGAAGUUGAAACUAGCAAAAGCUAAUGAUAUUCUUCAGAGAGUUUUAACAUCUUUCAGAUGCACGCUAUGCAUGAAAUGUCCAGUAUUACCUGCAUAUAAGUCACCUUGCUGUGAAGAAGUACUCGGGUGCUACAAUUGCAUUCAACAAUGGUUAGACACACAGCCAUCCUGUCCAUUUUGUAGAGCAUCAAUGACACCAGAGAGCUUGGUUGAUAUACCAGUGAUAAAACCAUUGUUUGAUGCCUUGAGUGAGAUUGAUGAGUCCAAUUAAUUUACCUGGCCGAUUUCAGACUACUAUAUAUCAGUCACCAUUAUUUAUCAGUAACCACAUCUAACCUUCAUUUAUUUGUACUCUUAAUAUUUAUGCUCUUAAUUUGUUUAUUCAAAUAUUAUACUCCUUCAAUUGAAA